UCCAUCUGUUCUUGUCAACGUUGACUAUUUGAUUUUUGAUUUUUUCACUUCUAUUCUUCCUAUCAUUUGUCAUUACGCGAAAUUAGUGCAAAUUGUUAUAAUCUUUUAUUUUUGUAUUUUAAAUUAUUUUUGGAAAGUAAAAGUCGCAUAAAACAACUAAGGAUCUAAAAUCCGCUAGUUUUCGGCCUUGGGCUUCGGCCUGCGGGCUCCAACCCUCCUCAAACCUAAAAUAUAUUUUAUUUUAUUCUAAGAACUCAAUUAUUCAUCAUCACUUUCGCACAACGAUUUCACAACAUUACUCAGGCAACUCUCAAACCAUGUCGCAGUGGAACAACUCUUACUCCUACAAUGGUCAAUACCAAGCCAACGGCUGGAACCGAGAUGUUAAUGGCCAAUAUUCAAAUUCACAGUAUUAUAAUAACAGGCAAGAUUCAAAUAAUCAAUAUGUGAGCUUCAAUGAGUUCUUAACUCAAAUACAAGGCGACAGUGCAUCAGUCCCGGGCAAUUCGGUUCAUUAUAAUAAUGUAAGAUAUGAAAACUAUCCCACCACUCAAUACAAUUAUCAAAACAUGCCGUCUACUUCACAGAAUAGAUCACUAGAUAGUUACAAUUAUCCAACAAAUGUGAACCCAAGGAAUCCCCAACAGUACCAAAUGAAUAUGCAGAAUCAAUAUGUGCCAUCUGAAAGCUAUAAUAAUGAAAUUAUACUAAAAUCUAACUUAACACCUACUGCAACAGAAUUUGUACCAAAGAGUAUGGCUAAACAGAUCACUGGUCACCAAAGUUUAGCAGAACCUGCAACUAAUAACGUUAAGCAUAAUGAUGCAAACUGGAGAGAAAGAGAGAGUUUACAACAAAAUGGUGAAAUUGUAACUAAUCAGGUUUCUGAAAAUAACAAAAGCCAAUACUCCAAAACUCAAAACAGGGUACCUAAUAGCCAAGAUAAUGCGCAUUCAAGUGAAUCCAAUGUUAAAGUUAACGAACCAAGGCACAGAAAUGGACAUCGUAACAAUGAGGCUAAUGGUAGUUACUACAAUCAAAAUAAUCAAAGUGAAAGUAAAUCUCACAGUAAUGAAAUAAAUAACCAUAGUGAUUCAAGUAGUAGAUACUAUGAAAAUCAAAGAAAUUAUGAUAGGAAUGAGAAGAAAAUCAUAUCAAAGACGAAUCCCAAAUCAAAACCAAGAGAUGCAGAUGCUCGUACAUUCUACAACAGUUCCAUUACUAAGGACAGUCAAGAUGUUCGGAAUGGAAGAGGUGAGAGUUCUGGCAGGCAAAGGAAUUGGGCUGGAAGUCAAAGAAUCAAAUCUUCAGAGAAGUCAACUCCUGAAGAUGAGCAAUAUGCUACCUCAUACACUCAACAGAAACAGGAGAAAGUAGAGAGAAAUAAAACAGAGAACAUUCCAAGCCCAAACAGGUUUAGAAGCAAAAAUAUUGAACAAGCAAUAAACAAAGAAAUGACACAAAGGGAACGCCUGACUGAUCAAUUAGAAAAAGGAACAUUAGAGUGUCUAGUAUGUUGCGAGAGAGUUAAACAAACAGAAUCCGUGUGGUCGUGUGGCAACUGCUACCAUGUACUCCAUCUUAGGUGCAUAAGAAAAUGGGCAAUGAGUAGUUUGGUCGAGGGUAAAUGGCGUUGCCCGGCUUGCCAAAAUUCUAAUGAGACGAUUCCAACUGCGUGCCGAUGCAUGUGCGGCGCGAUACGGUCGCCUGAAUACCAGCGAGGUGUGUGCGUCGCCCACACGUGCGGGAAGCAAUGCCGUCGCCCUCGCGCCUGCCCACAUCCAUGUACUUUAUUAUGCCACCCUGGACCUUGUCCACCGUGCCAAGCCACCGUUACAAAAGAAUGUGGCUGCGGUGCCGAGACUCGAUCAGUGAUGUGCAGCAGCAAGCUACCGCAAGUGUGCGGGCGUCCUUGCCAACGCAUGCUACAGUGCGGCGUACACAAAUGCAUGAAGGAAUGCCACGAGGGUCCCUGUGAAGACUGCACCGAGUCUGUUACACAAGUAUGCCAUUGCCCGCUGGCCAAGACUCGUGAGGUCGCGUGCCGCGUGGAGUCGUCGUGGUCGUGCGGCGGCGCGUGCGGGCGCGUGCUAUCGUGCGGCGCGCACGUGUGCCGGAGCACGUGCCACGAGCCCCCCUGCCCCUCCUGCGACCUGCUGCCUGCCGCCCUCAUCACAUGUCCGUGCGGGAAGACUAGAAUACCAAAAGACAAACGCAAGUCGUGCACGGAUCCGAUCCCGUUGUGCGGAAACAUCUGCGCCAAGCCGCUGCCCUGCGGCCCGGCCGGUGACAAGCAUUUCUGCAAACUAGACUGUCAUGAAGGUCCUUGUCCCGUUUGUCCUGACAAGACCUUAUUGCCGUGCCGCUGUGGUCAUUCGAACCGCGAGGUUCCGUGCGCUGAGCUACCGGACAUGUAUAACAAUGUGUUCUGUCAGAAGAAAUGUAAUAAGAAACUGUCGUGCGGUCGACACCGUUGCCGCGCGUGCUGCUGCGCGGACCCGCAGCACCGGUGCGGGCUCGUGUGCGGGCGCUCGCUCGCCUGCCAGACGCACCGCUGUCAGGACUUCUGCCACACCGGACACUGCGCGCCGUGCCCCACGCUCAGCUUCGAGGAGCUGAGCUGUACGUGCGGGCGCGAGGUGCUGCUGCCGCCCGUGCGCUGCGGCACGCGGCCCCCGCCCUGCAGCGCGCCGUGCCGCCGCGCGCGCCCCUGCGGGCACGAGCCGCUGCACUCGUGCCACACCGGGGACUGUCCGCCCUGCGUCGUGCUCACCACCAGGACCUGCCACGGCGGACACGAGGAACGAAAAACCAUCCCGUGUUCGCAAGAAGAGUUCUCGUGCGGCCUCCCGUGCGGCAAACCUCUCCCUUGCGGUAAACAUACCUGCAUCAAGGUCUGUCACAAGGGACCUUGCGAUGCCGGCAAGUGCACCCAGCCGUGCAACGAGAAGCGUGCGAGCUGCGGGCACCCGUGCGGCGCCGCGUGCCACUCCGGCGCGGCGGGCGGCGCGGGCGCGCUGUGCCCGAGCGCGGCGCCGUGCCGCCGCACCGUGCGCGCCACGUGCCCCUGCAAACGGAAAUCAGCCGAGAGACCUUGCUUCGAAAACGCACGGGAUUACGAUAAAAUGAUGAGUGCUCUUGCCGCCACCAAGAUUCAGGAGGGAGGCUCUGUUGACUUGUCCGACGCACAGCGCGCCGUCAAUAUGCUCAAAACGCUGGAGUGCGACGACGAGUGCCGCGUGGAGGCGCGCACGCGGCAGAUGGCGCUGGCGCUGCAGAUCCGCAACCCGGACGUGUCCGCCAAGCUGGCGCCGCGCUACAGCGAGCACGUGCGCGCCACCGCCCAGCGCGAGCCCGCCUUCGCCUACCACGUGCACAACCAGCUCACCGAGCUCGUGCACCUCGCCAAGAAGUCGAAACAGAAGACGCGCUCGCACUCUUUCCCGUCGAUGAACAGACAGAAGCGGCAGUUCAUCCACGAGCUGUGCGAGCACUUCGGCUGCGAGAGCGUGGCCUACGACGCGGAGCCCAACAGGAACGUGGUGGCCACUGCCGACAAGGAGAAGUCGUGGUUGCCGGCGAUGAGCAUAAUGGAAGUGUUGUCGCGUGAGGCGGGCCGGCGGCGCGUGCCCGGCCCCGUGCUGCGGACCGCGCACUCCUCCGCCGCCUCUUCAGCCUCGACGACCUCCUCCUCCGCCGCUAACAAGUCGCCAGGCGGUUGGGCGACGCUGACGUCAUCGAACGCCUGGGCGUCGCGCAGUCAGCCCAAGCAGACGGCGGCCGAACCCAAGAUCGAUUACUUCGACAAUCCGCCAGAAAAUUAACUCAAAACGUAACAACGCGUCCAUUGAAUUAUCCAAUACUAUACAACAUUAACACGUCGAACGCUUUUCGACUCACCGGUGGGCCUAAAGUACUAACUAACAUAAAUCAUUCGAGCCAAUACGAAAUCAGGGAAUCGGUAAUUUUUGAUCAACUUGAGAUUUUUUUAUAAACGGUAUCAACUUGAGAUUUUCAUUCUAAAAUGUAUAAAAUACGAUAAUUUGUAUGGAUGAUAAAAAUUAACGACUUUUAUCUGACGUCUAGUUUUUAACAUAAUGUAUUUUAAAAGACUUGUUAAUAACUACAAGUUUGUAUUGAAUUUUAAAAUCACGUCGUUCGAUUCGACUAAAGGGCCACGCGGCUCACUUCUGUUUCACGUUCGCGUUUGCCUACGUUUGCCUCUAGGGGCGCUGUUUCAACUACAUACAAAUUUGAGUUAACUUUUACGCUAUCGAGAACGCUAAAAAAACUCGCACUAAGCACACUGUAGCUCGUAGGACGCGCUUACGUUGAAACCCUUACGCGGCUCACGAGUGACCGUCACGGCCCAAUCGGUUCAGUAAGAUAAGGCUCACCGGUAAGCAAUACGUGAAUGAAAGUACUCGAUUUUUCAUAUGGCGUUCAACGUGUUAAUAGGCUGCUGCGGAACACUGAUAACAACAACCGAGUCACGUCGGUUCGAUCCUGGUCGUAGAUUUAUUUGAUACGUGAAUGCACUGUGUAUGGUAUGCCCAAUAUUGGCACCCCGUUGGCAUAAUUUUGACAUCGUCAAUAAAUGUGUUCGAUUAAGUGAUAUCGGCCGUUUUACAAACUCAUUUAAACUUAUAAAAUAUAUCGAAUAUUCCAUUGUGUGUUUUUGAAUAAACUCGGGUAUAUAAAAUAAAAGUAUCUGAAUAAAUAAUAUUUAUUUGUAAUCAGUGCACGCGAGUAACGUCGGUAGUGAUUUUUAUAUCUUGUGUAUGUGUAAGAUAAUCUUAAAAUUUAAUUGAACAUGAAAGAGUUUGGAAGAUAAUAUUAAUCACGUUGUCUUUCACUAUAUGGCAUAUCCGAAAAAUAAAAUUCUAUUAUAUCGAACAGAUAAUACACAUUAUAAUAUCAAUUGAUGACGUCACAUUGCUCAUGCUGGUGACCUUGAGAAGCUGUUUGUGGUCCUUCGACCGAUCACUCAUUGUUUUAGAGUUUGAAAGGACUAUUGUUUACGGUGUUUUGAUUUUAGACGAUAACGCUACCCGCAAUCUUUGUGUUAACAAAACCUUCUUCCCCGCGUUACUUAGAAAAUUUAUGAUGAACGAAAUUAGCUCUUUUGAAAAAUAGUCUAAAAUAUAACAAAAGAAGCGUGCGAUAAAAAUAAAUCUUCAGAAAUAAUUCACUUCAAUCUAUCACAGCCUAGAUAUGUUUGUCUCUUUCUAGUAUCGCUUUUUCGUUUCGUCGCGUUUCAUAUGACAACAGUGCGCUUCAAAACAACGAAAUUUUAAUUAAAACAUUGAUCUUUUGUUUACAAACUUUGUGUGAAGCGAUAAUGCAGUCUAAAUUUGAAUUAACUGCUUUGAUAUCCUUCAAACUGAAGCCAUUGCUUCGUAGUAGAACAGUGGUACCAACGCCACGCCUACCAGUAAUCAAGGUUCGAAUUGGAGGAGCUAGGUAGAAAUUAGAACCAUUCCUAUGGACGAUGGAAAUAAUUUACAAAUAGUAGAAAUAACUACAGGCUAUUGAAAUCACAUACACCAAUACCUCUUGAUAAUUAAAACAGACAAUAAUUAAUGAAUCUCUGGCCUAAAGAUAACAUAUUUAAUUAUUAUUAUUGUAAUCUGAGGGGUUUCGGUCUGUGUUUGAGUUUGACAUAUUAUAUGAUUUUAUACGAACUAGUAUUUGCCCAGUGAUCGAAAUUAGACAACAAUUACUAAUAGGUUUUUUUUUUUUUAUAGGUAGUUUAAUAGGUACCUAAAGGCUUAAAUUUUUGUAUGACAUGUUCUCUUUUGUUUUGAUAUUAACAAAAAAAUAUACAAAAAAAACAUUAUUGUUUUUUGUUAAUGGUCGUCAAUAGCUACUAAACAAAAAAAUCGGUUAAGAAACACCAGGAGUUUUUUUUUUACUGACCGCUAUUAAUAUUAAUAGUAAAUGUUUUGUCUCUACUUAUUUAUUAUAGAAAUUAAAGACGCAUUAGGAAGAGUUGAAUAUGUAAUUGUUAAAUCUACUUAAUUUAAAGGUGUUGCCGUAUAGUUGAAACAUGGAUACCAGAUCACAAGGUAAAACUUAAAAAACCGAAAAAAUAUUUGUAAUAAAAAAUGGAAGUGUAAAACGCUUCGCAUAAUAUUCCAAUCGCGUAAUAUGAAAACUGGAGAAAACAGUACUUAACUAUUAUUAUUUGUCCGCGGACAUAUUAAUAGUGCGCUCGGCAAAAUGUGAAUCGUUAACUUUCCGAAAGGAAAAAAUAACCUAUUAAUCCAAACACACAUUACUUGUUCGAUCUUGAACAAUCCGAUUCAAUGUUUAUAUUAAAGGCAGUGGCGCACCGGCUGCAUUCGUCUAUAACAGUGAUUCUCAACCACUGUUCCGCGCCACUUUUGUGUGCCGCCAAAUUUUGCGAAUAUAUAAUAAUGUUAAUAUUAUUAAAUUAUAUAAUUUUAAAAGAAAAAUAUUUUAAUCAUGAAUAUAUUAAAAUCCACAAAAAAAAAUUAUAGUAUAUUUUAGUUUAUUUCGUAUAUUAAAAUUUUUUGAUAAAUUAUUCAUGCAGUGUGUUGUAAGUAAAUAAUUUUUAUCUUUUUUUUGUGUGCCGCCAAAUUUUGAAAUCGUUAAAUAUGUGCCGCAACAAAAAAAAGGUUGAGAAUCACUGGUCUAUAAUAUGACCUCAAAAAAGGUCACAUCAUUCCGUUACCUUCAAUGAUAAAAUUUGCGACAUCCAAGUUGUUAUACAAAAAUACCGUUUAUUUGGCUUUCUUUUACGUAAAUAUCAAAUUAAUAUUACUACACUCACUUGACGUCCUGUUGUACUCUGUGAAGCAGUAGUGUAAAAAUUUGCUCAAAAUCAAAUCUUCGGUUAAUACAGGGGAGUGCACCCGGUGAAUACCCGCCUUUAUAAGUAGAAAACAAUCUAGUAGAAUUGCCAUAGCCAGGGCCUUACCUUGUGGUCAAGUAUAAAAAAGUUAAAUGAUAAUAUCGAAAGGGACAAUUAUUAUUAAUAUUAUAUAUAUGUAGUAGAAGUUUGUACAUUGUAUUUUGCACGAUAUACUCAAUUUAUUUAGAAUUUAUAAAAAAAAACGGUUAGAAACUUUUAUAUAAUAAUUGUACGAAGUAUUUAAUCACAUCUUUUGGUAAUAUGAAAUAAAUAUGUAUUAUAUAUAUAUAAGGAUUUAUAAAAGUCAUUUGGUAUGAAUGAAAUAAAAAGACAAUGAAAAAGGGCAUUAUUUAUAUUAAUUCUCGAACAUUUCCUUCAGAUCAGGUUCAUAAAGAUCAAUCAAUAUAGAUUUCAGAAUUUAAACUUUUUUUUAUCAGGGCACCUACUUUUUAUUUUUCAGUUUCAAUAAAAAAAAAUCUAGAAUCCUAAUCCUGAAUUUAAUACCUUAUCGUGUUAUAGUUAACUUAAAAGUAUUUAUUAGUAAAUAAUUAGAAAAGAAAUCCCAGUCUUGACCAUGAACGAAUCUCUAAAAAAUAAAAAAAUAAUGACCGAAUAGCGUCUUAAAUAUUGUAUGUACUGUAAUCACAGAGGUUGACUGUUCUGUCCUACUUUUCUUUAAAAUAACAGCGAUGCGAAUCGUGUUAUAUUUUUUCUGAUUUGGUAAAUUACAAAAAAGUCUUUUGUAAUAUUGUACGAGUUAAAUUAUAUUAACAAAGCUAAAACAUAUUAUUAAAAUAUUACAAAACAAAAUAAAAUACAGCGAAUAACUGUUCACGGAAGUCUAGAUAAAUAAUUAAUUUGGUCUGUAACAUCAAUCAUAUCAACCUUCAAAAUUAUCACUGUUCCAGAAAAAUUGGUACUUUGUUAAACAAUCCCGCCAAAACGCUGUCGCACGCGACUGGCUACAAGACCUCGUCUGUUUACUAACUUUUGAAUGUUUUAUAUAAAUCUUACUUUAAAACUUUGCGGUCCUAAGACUACUGUAAUAUAAGAUUAUAUGUUUAAUACGUGUGAACCCUAAAGGGUUAAGUUCAGCAGAAAAACAAAACAAUUUUUGACGAUGCUUCAGAAAAUAAUUCGAUUAAAAUAUUUCCGUAUCUUUUGUUAUCUUAAAAGCUACCAGAACUUGAAUGCUGUCUAAUCACAUAAUACAAUGAAAUCACAUAAUAUGUAUCUUAUAGUUUAGUUUUAAACAUGGAGGAUAGAAGUAAGAAUUGUCUAAUUGUAUUUCAAAAGUGUCCGCUAAGAAGGAGAUAAUUAUUUAAUGUGGCGCCAUAGUAGCAUGUGGAAGGAUUUUAAAAACAGCGCCAUAAACCUACCACACUUCACUUAAAUCUAGCAACUUCACUCUGUUUAAUGCCGUUAUAUUCAUAUCAUUUCCAUUUCCUGCACUAGCGCUAUUUCGGUGAGACUCCCAACAAUAACUUGCUGUUUACAGAUGGACACUUUUUCAACUCGUCCCCUAUAAAAGAUGGUGCUCCUUGUUUUAAACACCUUACAAGUUUACAUCCGAUGGGCAAGUUUAUUUGUCAAAUUCAAUUCGUACAGAAUUAAUGUUGGUUCAUGGAAAAUGUCGACUUACGAUACCAAGUCAUUUAUCACACCAUAUUGUAUGAAUUAAGUUUUAAUUAAGGUGCCAAAUUGUCCACGACACAGGUGGCGGUAGCUUCGUAAUUUCUGAACUUAAAUUUAAAAAGAAAAACUUGUAGAUUCUUCUAUUAGCAGUGGAUGAUGAUAUUAAAUUCAAAUCGAAAUGAGGGUUUUUUUUGUUUUAAAUAUUUGUUUUACUCUCACUCUGUAUUUUAUUAUAUUAUUAGGAAUUUAUUAUUUAUAUAGUGUUAAUUCAUGGUGAUAGGGAAUAAUGUAUAACUGUAUCCUAACCUAUAUUACAAACAAAUGUGAGAUGUAUUACGAAACAAUUAUUGAAAAUUAUCCUGUCUGCCGUUGAUUUAGAUGUUAUUCUACAGUCAGUACAGUCUGUAGGUAUUACAGUUUAAACUCGUACAGAUUCUAACAGAUGUUCGGCAGUUGUGCGGGUAACAAAUGUAUCAUGAAAAUAGAUUUGAUAAAAUCUACUUUAGAUUAUUUGAUUUGAUAUUGAAAUAUCAAAUACUUUUGUUCGUACUCCAUUCAAUUGCCUGGUGUUCAGGAAUUAAUAUAACACGCUCCAGAACAUAUAAUAUGAAUACAUUAAUAAACAGUUACACAUUAAA